AAACUCUUCAAUGAUGAGAAAGAGUUAUCCACAUCUUCAUUUGACCAAAGAGAGUCGUAGCUUCUUCACAUGGAUGACUGACUAUACCAAGACGUUUCCUACUACAAGCGCCUUCAACUUGGAGUUGGGUGAGCUUCGGUUCUUCUCUUCAUCGGGAUGAACGAUGCUACGGCGACAACCGCCGUUUCUUCCGUCGUUGAUCGCACGCGUGGCGGCUCUAUCGCCGGCUGAUCCUUUGCAUCCUUUACCCAACAAAUCCAAUUCCAAAACAAUCUCCAAUUGCUGAGGAACAGACCAGACUAGCGAAGGAAUUGGAUCGGAUCGCUCUGGAAAUGCGGGCCAUUAACUUAGGGCUCACACUCUCUUCAACUUCUUCUUCUUCUUCUUCUUCGUAUACUUCCCUCGGACCCUCUUCCACCAGAAGCUUCAAUCCAAACACAUCUGCUCUUGGUCAUGGCGUCUCUCUUCGUUCUUUACACAAAUCAGGCCCAGGAGUUUGUAAAGCCAGUCAAGUUUUUGGUCUAUUUCCAACUGUAUCUCCUGAGAUAACAGUUAGAGAAGCAAGAAUAGAGGACUGUUGGGAAGUUGCAGAGACUCAUUGCAGCUCCUUCUUCCCACAAUACUCGUUUCCAUUGGAUUUUGUGGUGAGGAUUGAUAGGCUUGUGGCUAUGUUAUCUGGAUUGUCUGUGCCAAAUGGUUGCAGGAGGAUUUGUUUGGUUGCUGUGAUUGGUGGUUCUGAAAAUGAAACACUCCUAAUUAGACCUGAAGAUUUCAAGCUUGGAAGUUUUGAUGGUAAAGUUAGUCUCAACAAGGGCUAUGUUGCUGGAAUAUUAACCGUCGACACCGUCGCCGAUUUCCUUCCAAGGAAAGGGCCCAUGCGGCAAAGAAGGACAGGGAUCGCAUACGUAUCAAACGUAGCAGUUCGUGAGAAGUUUCGACGCAAGGGAAUAGCAAAAAAGCUAAUACUGAAGGCAGAAGCUGAAGCCAGGAACUGGGGCUGCCGAGCGAUUGCGUUGCAUUGUGAUACGAGCAAUCGCGGGGCUACAAAGCUAUAUAGAGGUCAGGGUUUCAAAAGCAUAAAAGUACCAGAAGGAGCAAACUGGCCAGAGCCAAAGACCUCUCCAGACAUCAAGUACAGCUUCAUGAUGAAGCUUCUGAAGAACACAACCUCAAUUUAGAACUUCAAAGGACAUUUCAACCAUUAUCUGCAGAUUAAAAUAAGGGUGGGAGGGAAUCCUAUAGAAACUAUCAUUCCUGAACAAAGCAGAAAAGGUAGGAUGACUUAGAACAGCUUGUAUAGAUUGAAGAAAGUUUGUAUGAUUAAUUACAUUAUGUGGAAUUCUUCUAUGAACUUCUGAUUCAAAAUAAGCUGAGAAUUUUCUCUAAUAA